AGACGCACUCCUCCUUUGAAUAGCGUAUCAACAACAAAAGUGGGCGGGAUCGGAUGACGUAAUGUGCUCUGAAUUAGGAGGGGAGAACUGGAAGAGCGGCACGACGCUUCCUGUUGUUUUUUCUGCCGGUUUCGUCAGAGGGGAUACGCUGAGCUGAUUGGUUCCUUGUUUGCGCCGGGAACCGAGCGAUGGAGUUGCAGGCGGAGCUGAUCGGCCGCGAUGGCUUGAAACGAGCAUGGCGGGUUCGGUGUGACCCUCAGGGGGAGCUGCGGGGUCUGCUCGCGGGCUUGUCUCAGCUGCGGGAGGAAGUUACCGCCCUGCUCGGCCCUCUGGUGCAGCAGGAGAGCGUCGCUGCCACUGGAGACCGAGAUGAGUGUGGAGGUGAUGAUGAUGAAGAGGAGGAGGAGGAAGAGGAGGAAGGAAAGCAUAUCAACACCAAAGCACAUUCAGACGGGCCACCAUUAAAACGGAUAAAAACACACCCCUGAUGGAAACUGUAAAACAUUUUUUUUCUAAGUUCCUACACUAUGAAACUUUCUCCUAAAUUGAAGGCUGUUUUGAUGGCUAGAAAAACACUGGUUUAAAAUUGUUAAUACAGUGAAGUUUUUUGUCAUUUGAAA